AUGACUGACAUUUUAAACACAACUGUAACCAGUUAUAUCUACCCAAGUAAAAAGACGGAUGGAUUGUUAUUCCAAAGAAACCACGUUUUCCUAGACAACAAUAUGACAAAUAUUCAUGCUUUUACUAAUUUCAGCCAAAAUAAUACAAGUAUAAAGCCAUUGGGCAGAAACGAGGAACUUGCUAAAAUAGAGAUUUCAACUUUGGCAGUUCUGUUAUAUUUUUCGUUAUUUGGAAACACAGUCGUACUUUUCGUAUUAAAGUUUAAAUGCAGUACUUUAACAAGAAUGCAAUGGUUUAUUUUUCAUUUGUGUAUAGCUGACCUUUCGAUGGGAUUCUUUAAUCUAUUACCACAAAUGGCAUGGGACAUUACCUAUCGUUUCCAAGGAAACGAUUUCCUAUGUAAAUUUGUUAAAUAUUUUCAAGUCGUUGCCAUGUAUGCCUCUUCGUAUGUUUUAGUAACGACAGCCAUUGAUAGAUAUGUUUCUAUUUGCUACCCGAUCACAAGCCAAACUUGGACAAACAAACGAAUUCAUUGUAUGAUAUCACUGGCCUGGAUUAUGUCUCUGUUAUGCGCAGUUCCGCAGUUAGUCUUAUUUUCGUAUCAGGAGACUGAGUCCGGAAGUGACGUGUACGAUUGCUGGGAGAACCUUAGUACCGGUCCAAUAUGGAAGCUGCAAAUUUAUGUCACGUGGAUAUUUGUGUCUAUUUACUUUGUUCCGUUCUGUAUAUUAACAGCUGUCUAUUCAAGAAUAUGUUACGUUGUGUGGAUCAGUGUAGGAUCUAGCUCGAAUCUUCCCGAAACAAAACGAUAUCCCAGAAAAAUAUCAUUCAAUAAAACAUACUCUGUUCGUGAUUCGAACGUUGAAAAUGCUAUCAAUAAACCCCGAGUCCAUCGGAAAGCAGUAUCUAAUUCCAAGCUUAAGACCAUCAAGCUGACACUUGCUGUAAUACUCUGUUACCUGCUGUGCUGGGGACCAUUCUUUGUUGCACAGAUGUGGUCAGCUUAUGAUUUCAACGCACCAUUUACUCAUUCUGCUAUGGUGGUAAUUUUAUUAUUAUCUGGAUUAAACAGUUGCGUCAAUCCGUGGUUAUUUUUAGCGUUUAGUGGACGGAUGUGUACCAAAGUCAAACUUUCAUCUCGGCAGUCAGCUUAUACCUUCACAACCGGAACAGAAUCAGAUGGGCGCUAUAGAAGUCCCUCAAUAAAAGAAGGCAACUCAGCUGUUGUGAAGUUAAAUCCACAAAGAACCGGAAAAGUUCAGAAAAUGAGAAGACAAACACCUAACAGCACACUCACUGCAUUCUACGCUUACUUGUCUAAAACUGAAAUAGGCCCUGGUCAUAAUCAUGUAAUUGUAUUUGAUUAUGUUGAAACAAAUACAGGGAAUGGAUACAAUCAGCAAUCUGGAACUUUUGUGGCUCCUGUAGAAGGAUUUUACACAUUUUCUUACACAGUUGUUGUUGAAAGAGGAAACAUAUUGUCUGUUGAAUUCGUUAAAAACAAUCAAAUUCUUGGAUCAACAGCUGCCGACAGCCGAUCCGAUAACCCAUAUUCCUCUGCUUCAAACACCUGUGUUGUCCAUUUGAACAAAGGCGAUUCGUGUUUAUUAAGAACUUCAUCCAAUCCUUCAUACAUUGUAGAUAAUAUUUAUAGUUCAGAGUGGUCACGUACUUCUUUCGCUGGUUGGAGGCUAUGA